CCCCCCCCCCCCGGAAUUUGUUUACUUCUCACAAAAAAGCCCCGGCCGUCGCACGUAACGCGAGCCCCUCGAUCCCGCGAAUCCUCGCCUGCGAUACAUCAAAAAAAAAAUUCCUCCCCCGCGAUCCCCAAUUCAAGAACAGGGCGACGGCUUAGUUCCGCACGACGGCGACGGCGACACUCCCCUCGGUUCAGCAUGACGGCGGCGGCGCCGGUGCUCCCAUCGGCUGCGCGCGAAGGCGGCGGCGGCGCUCCCCUUGGCUUUGCACGACGGCGGCGGCGGCGCUCCCCUCGGCUGCGCACGACGACGACGGCGGCAGCUCUGGCACGAGGACGAACCGUGGGCCAAAAUUACCUCUGUUGUGUACUUCAGAAAGCAUCAGGCACUUUGAGUCAGCAGCUAUGCAGGUAUGCAAAGGAGUGGACACUAGAAGGAGAUUUUUGUCAUGCCAAUAUGAGGAGAUGUGUGGUUAUGUCAAAUGGAUUGACAAGCCAUGGGAGGGGAGGGAAAGAACUGUCAUUGAUGAAGUUGCUAACAACAAAGAGGUGCUAGAGAAGAAGCUAAUGCAGAAAGAUGGUCAAAUAGAAACUGAGGAGAAGCACGGACUUGAGAAGAAGAAGAUUGGAAGGAUGCACAAAGAUCAGUUACAAUCUAGAGAUAGGACGAUUAUGUUUGUUCUGUUCAUGUACUUUGGGUUAGUCGUAAUCAUGUUUGUUGUGGUUGACAAGAAGUAAUGUUGUCAUUGUCCAGUCUAGAAGGUCAUGUAUGUUGCUGAAAAUUUGUAUUUUGCUGAAUAAUCUUUGGUGAAUUACAAAGAAUGUACCUUUUGGUAAA